AUGUGUGAAGAUAAGGAAGAGGCUCGUAGCGAGGCGGCGGCGGCGGUCACUCCGAAACGUCUUUGCUGGCCGAAGCGAACUCCCGCCCCCAUCCCGGACACUAGGGGCCUUUGUUGCGCCAAAUUACUUAGGAAAAAUGGAAAGGCUAAAAAGGUACUACUUUUCCCUGAAGAAGGCUGGGCUCGAAGUGCUUCUUCCUCGUACUGGACACUGCAACCGUGCUGGUGGCGGCGGUCACGGUGCAAAGUGGUCGAAGUAGCCGGCACAAGAAGGCACAGUACUAAUGCAAGAAUGGUUGUGAGCGGGGUCAAUGCAGUGUAUAUCGUCGGCUCAUUUAAACAUCUUGGCACCGACGCCGAUUUUAAGUUAUACCUGACAACCAACGUGACUCAAGCCGACUUCAACAUGGGCUACACUAUGACUGGCACGCUGGAGCGCGGCAGCCGCUCCUCCAACAGCUUCCAGGUGACACACUUUGCCGUCCUGCGCCGCUGCGACCACGAGUCACACCACCUUAAAAACGCUUAG